AUGGCUGUGUUUGUAGUAAUGGUGUUGGCUACUGUUACGAUGUUAACCAGAGUUUCAGCUGAUCCAGAUAUGCUUCAAGAUAUUUGUGUUGCUGAUCUCACUUCUGGUGUAAAAGUGAAUGGAUUUGCUUGCAAGUCCAAUGUGACAGCCGAGGACUUCUUUUUUGCUGGCCUAGCCAAGCCUGGCGCCACCAACACCACCACGGGAUCACUUGUAACCCUCGCUAAUGUCGAGAAAAUCCCGGGCCUAAACACUCUAGGAUUGUCCCUUGCACGCAUCGACUUUGCACCCGGCGGCGUAAACCCACCCCAUACCCACCCACGUGCCACCGAGAUGAUUUUCGUACUCGAAGGCGGACUAGAUGUGGGCUUCAUAACCACAGCCAAUGUCCUAAUUUCCAAGUCUAUCAAGAAAGGUGAAAUUUACUUGCAUUCAUUAGCCAACUGCCUGGAACUCAGUCGAUCGCCGUCACAUUGUUUGCUGCAAAGCCACCUGUGCCGGACAAUGUUUUGA